AUGGCGCUUACCAGCUGGAAAGCUUUCCCUUUCUUCGAGGUCUCCCAGAUUCCCGUGCCGGCAGACGAAGAUGGUUCAUAUGUCUUCGACAAUCAGGUCGUAUCACUCACCACCGGCGCGGAUUCUCUAUUCCUUGGAACUUCGGACGGUUCCGUACGGAUUCUUUCUCGCGCCUUGAAGGUUGUGCGCACCUUUCAAGCUUCAGACACCCCCGAUGCUCCGGUCACUCACCUCAAACAAGUUCCCAAUACUGCCUUCCUCGUAACCAUCUCAGAAAACCUCUCGUCGGAGCCCUCGUUGAAAGUGUGGGCUUUGGAUAAGAUCGAGAAAAAGACGGGAGCACCGAGAUGUCUUUGUACAAUUGGCGUGCAGAAUGGCAGGAGACAGUUCCCAGUAUCGGCACUCGUCGUUCUGGGUGACCUGACCCAGGUGGCCGUUGGGUUUGCCAAUGGCUCCGUCACCGUUAUUCGGGGCGACUUCAUACACGACCGCGGGACCAAACAGAGGACAGUCUUCGAAUCUGAAGAUCCAAUUACCGGAUUGGAGGUUCGUCAAGGCGCGACGAAAGUCCUAUACAUUGCGAAUACGGCCAAAAUCUGCAGCCUAAUCAUAUCUGGGAAGGGUCAGGGUCAACCAGUCCGCACCGUCGACAACCGGGGUUGCAAUGUCGGGUGCAUGACUCAAGACCAUGAGACUGGGGAUAUGGUGAUUGCUCGAGAAGACGCCAUCUACUACUAUGGUGUUAACGGCCGUGGUCCCAGCUACGCCUUUGAGGGUCCGAAGAAACUUAUCAUGAUAUACAAGGAGUACGUGGGCGUCGUGUGUCCGCCGCGGGUGGCACAAGUGUCCAAGUCCAAAACAUUCCGGAGGUUGGGUGGUGAGGAGAUUGACGAGCUGUUCAGCAGCUCAUCUUUCACAUUGCUGGAUACUGAUCUCAAAUACCUUGCGCACACGGAAUCGUUGCCCGCUCCGGUUAAAGAGGUCUUCGUGGAAUGGAAUGAACUGUUUCUGCUGACCGUGGAGGGAAAGCUUUAUAGAUACCAGGAGAAGACACUCCAGCAGAAACUCGAGAUUCUGUAUCAGCGGAACUUGUACAUCUACGCCAUCAACUUGGCACAAAAGUUAGGGGCCGACAAAAUGCAACAGAACAUCAUCUUCAGGAAAUACGGCGACUACUUGUACCAGAAAGGUGACUAUGACACUGCCAUGCAGCAGUAUUUGAGGGCUAUCGACAACACCGAACCAUCGCAAGUGAUCAGACGAUUUCUGGACACGCAGAGGAUUCACAACUUGAUUGACUAUCUUGAGGAGCUACAUGAUCAUGACCGAGCCACUGCUGAUCACACGACCUUGUUGUUGAAUUGCUAUGCGAAGCUCAAAGAUACAGACAAACUGGAUGCUUUUAUCCGCACCCCAGGAACGGCAAAGUUUGACGUUGAAACGGCCAUUGCCAUGUGUCGACAGGGUGGAUAUUUCGACCAAGCAGCUUACCUUGCGACUAAGCAUGGUGAAAAUGAAAUGGUGAUAGAUAUAUUGGUGGAAGACUCGAAAAAGUACGCGGAAGCCUUGCAGUACAUCUGGCGUCUGGAACCUGACGCAGCAUAUCCCGUGUUGAUGAAAUACGCACGCAGCCUUCUCGAACACUGUCCCGAAGAAACAACAAAGCUAUUUGUCGAAUACUACACCGGGAAAUAUACACCCAAGAAGGAUGUCCCGGCGGUGUCCGAGGUCCAGGCCCAGACAGGUGGAGGUGCAUUCCAAAGUCUCUCAGCUCUUUGGAGCGUGCCAUUCAUGAAUCGGUCUAGCAAUACCGAUGCAGCACCAGCCGCGGCUGAAAAGCCCGAGCUCGACGAACGCGACUCCAGCGCCGACGUCGAGCCACCUCCAACAUACACUAAACCGCGUCCACGCAGCGCCUUCUCUUCAUUCCUCGCUCAUCCGUCAGAGUUCAUUACCUUCUUAGAGGCACUUAUUCUGCAGGAGAAUCUUUCGAAAGAAGACAGGUCAGACUUGUCGACUACAUUGUUUGAGAUGUACCUCGAGGCAGCAAACACUGCAACUGGCCCGGCAGAGAAGGAGAAAUGGCAAGUCAAAGCCACCAGCUUGAUUGCCGACAAUAAGACCGCAUCAUUAGAUUCGUCGACUAUUGACACCUCGAAUGUCUUGCUCCUGUCAUCACUCUCCAAGUUCCCAGCUGGCACGACGUUAGUACGGGAACGAGAAAAUUUGUAUGCCGACAUUUUCCGGUCGUUCACAUCCGCCAAAGACACCUCAGGCGCGAUAUCUGCACUUCGAAAGUAUGGCUCCAAGGACGAUUCGCUCUAUCCCCUUGCACUUGGCUACUUUUCGUCGUCGGAAGAGGUUCUCAAAGCACCCGGGGUUAAGGAAGAACUGCAGUCUGUUCUCCGAAAGAUUGACCGGGAAAAUCUCAUGGCCCCGCUCCAAGUGGUCAAAGUCUUAUCGCAGGGCGGCUCCGUGACGAUGGGAAUGGUCAAGGCGUACCUUUCCGACAACAUUUCUCGCGAACGUAAAGAGAUCCAAGCGAACCGUCGACUCAUCGAUUCUUACCGGACCGAAACGGCGUCGAAAAAGGCAGAACUGGCGGAUCUGAGCACGAAGCCGGUUGUGUUUCAGGCGCGACGGUGCUCGUCGUGCAAUCGAAACCUCACCUUACCUACGGUGCAUUUUAUGUGCAAGCACUCUUUCCAUCAAGAGUGUCUGAAUAAACCGGGGAUCGGCAUGGACGAAAACGAUAGUAAGGUAGAGUGUCCACUUUGCAAACUCGGCAACGAUACCAUUCGGGCAAUUCGGCGGCAGCAAGUUGAAAGCACUGAGCAACACGAAUUAUUCAAGUCUGCGUUGGCGAAAAGCAACAAUCGAUUCGGGACAGUCAGCGAGUUCUUCGGGCGCGGAGUCAUGGGGACGGGCCCGGCCGCGGACUGA